ACCCAGAACUUCCGUUUGAUGCUAAUCGACCUUUUAAUUUGUAUCGCGCGCGUCAAACAUGAGCUAUAAUUUAUGACAACAUGACAGGGUUGUUCUGUAUUCCAUCUUCCGUGUUUAAUAUGUCAGCCGUAGGGUUAGCCAUUGCCUUGAAAUGAGCUCAAAGUGCAGCCUGUGAUUAACAUUAAACAGAGAGCCCUUGAGUUUUGGCGGCUGUCAAUGCUUCCGUUCACCGCCCUGAGAGCGCGAAAGCCUCAUCUCGUGGCGGCUCUGUGUGCGCAGACCAGGUUGUAGAUGAGACCUUUGACCUUCUGUGUUUGUGAUGUCGUCGUCCUCACUUCCUGUGGCGGCCGUUUGUCAGAUGACCUCCACGCCUGACAAAGAGGCCAACUUCAGCGCGGCCUCGCGAUUGGUGGAGCGGGCCAAAGAGGGCGGGGCCUGCAUGGUGUUCCUGCCGGAGGGGCUGGAUUACAUCGGAUCGAGUCGAGAUCAGACUCUACAGCUGUCAGAGAACCUGGACGGGGACAUCAUCAGCCGCUACACACACCUGGCCAGGAAGCUGGACAUGUGGCUGUCUCUGGGAGGAUUUCACGAGAGAGGACCUGACUGGGAAACAGACCGCCGCAUUUAUAACAGCCAUAUCAUCAUCAAUGGACAAGGUGAGCUGGUGUCCGUGUACAGAAAGGCUCAUCUGUUUGAUGUGGAGCUGACGAGUAAAGGAGUGUCUCUGAAGGAGAGCGCCUUCACCGUUCCCGGACCUCGACUGGUUCCUCCCGUCCAGACGCCGAUCGGAAAGGUCGGUCUUGGCGUCUGCUACGACCUGCGUUUCCCUGAGAUGUCCUCGGCGCUGCAGAGACACGGAGCGGAGAUCCUCACCUACCCCUCAGCCUUCACCGUGGCCACCGGAGCGGCUCACUGGGAGGUCCUGCUGAGGGCGCGGGCGAUCGAGACGCAGUGCUUCGUCCUGGCGGCGGCGCAGGUCGGGGCUCAUCACGCCAAGCGGGCCUCGUUCGGACACGCUCUGGCCGUGGACCCGUGGGGCGAGGUGCUGGGCGACUGCGGCGGCUCGGACCCGGGGCUGGCGCUGGUGCAGAUCGACCCGCGCAGACUACGGGACGUCCGGAGGGACAUGCCGGUGCAGCGCCAUCGCAGAGACCAGCGCUUCUACUGCAGCCUGGACUGAGCUGCGUCAACACAGUCCUGCCGUUAAUCACCUACAAGGCAUUCGAAAGUGUCUCUAUUACACAUUAACGCAAUGACGAUCGUUUAGAAGUUCUCUGAAUCCUUCAAAUGAGACGCUCUGCUGUUUUUGCAUUGGUCUGAAUGAAAAUGCUAAUUCAUUCUUCACCACUAGGUGCCGCUGUAAACAAACACUUUAUCAGGCAUGAGAUGAAAAGGAGUCUGUUGUUGGGGACUUUCACAACCAGAAUACGAACCUUAGAUGACUUUAAUGGAAUCCAGACCCAGAAACGGUUUCAGAACUGUUUAUUGUUAUAUUAGAGUCAGGUUUAGGCGUUCAGGGUUUCUUAUUUUGUCCCUCUGUAAAUCAGAAAACACCGAACAGACGGGGAACGAUGUCUUCACAAUGUUACAGAAUCAAGCUAAUUAUAUACGAACGAAUGUAAAAACUGCUCUGUAUUUGUAAUCUGUCGACACGAAUAGAUAAAGUGCAUUAAAAGAAACAUUAGCAGUG